AUGGCUUUUAUUCACAGCGGCUCAGAAGAAUGCACCAAAUCAGAACUAGACCUGUUCCAAAUAGCCCCUACGCAAACGAGCAUCGAGAGGUGUCUUUUUAUUGAAGUCCCACCCCUGGCGGCUUUGUCAGAAUCAGCACCACUGGACUUUUUCAUCGCGGGAAAUGGUGAAGACUACAUGGAUUUAAACAACACUCUACUUUACCUGUGUUGCAGGAUCGUGAAAGAUGAUGGUACAGACCUUGAUAGAAAUGCAAGGGUAAGUUUGGUGAACUACCCGAUUGCCUCUAUCUUUAGCCAGCUGGACGUGACUCUGGGAGACCGCCUCAUCAGCCAGAGUAACAACUGCUAUCCUUACAGAGCCUUUAUAGAAUCAGUGCUCAAUUAUAGUGAAGACACACUAUCCACCCAAUUCUCUGCAGGCCUGUUUUACAAAGAUACACCUGGACAUCAUGAAUCAACUGCCCUGGAUGGAGAUAACAAAGGGUUUGUUAAAAGAGCAGCCCUGACUGCUGAAAGCAGAAAAAUCGACCUGCUGGGGCGCCUCCACAGUGAUCUGUUUUUUCAAGAGAAGCUGCUGGUAAAUGGAGUUGAUGUCAAAAUUAAACUGACACGCAGCAAAGAUGCCUUUUGCCUCAUGACAGAUGGUCCAAAUAGGGGGUGCAAAUUACAAAUCUUGUCUGCUUCCCUUUUUGUGAAAAAAGUAAGAGUAGCUCCUGGUGUCCGUUUAGGCCACGCAGAGGCGCUCUUUACAGCUAAUGCCAAAUACCCUGUGGAUCGCGUGGGCAUGAAAGUGUUUAGCAUCCCCGCAGGGAGCCGUGUCAGCAACCAAGAGAAUUUGUUUUUGGGGCAAUUACCCAAGCUUUUAGUUAUAGGACUGGUAGAUAACGAUUCCUUCAGCGGAGCCCAUAAUAAAAACCCAUUUAACUUUAAGCAUUAUGACAUCAAUUUUGUGGCACUGUACCUGGACGGCGAGCAAGUACCUGCUAAACCUCUACAACCCAACUUUGAAGAUGGAAACUGUGUGCGGGAAUACAUGCAUCUGGUUCAGGCGGCUGGUAAACAUAUGAAAGACAGAUCUUUGUUAGUUAACCGUGAGGAGUUUGCUCAGGGCUACACGCUGUUUGCAUUUGACCUGUCUCCAGAUCAGGAAUGUGCGGACCACUACUCCUUGAUUAAAACUGGUAAUCUGCGUGCUGAAAUACGUUUUGCCAAUGCACUGCCUAACACCGUUAACAUGAUUGUCUAUGGGGUUUUUGACAACGUUAUUGAGAUAAAUCAUAGAAGAAACGUUUUAUUUGACUAUAUGUAA